AAUAAUAAUCAUAGCCACCCACCCACCCACCCAACGCCCCCACAAAAGGUCUCAUUCAUUCUCUGCCUCUCUCUCUCUUUCUUUCUCUCUCUCUCUCCUCUUCUUAAGACCCUUCUAAUCCCAUGAGCCUUUAAACCACACCAUCUAAUUUCCCAUCUCACGCAGAUACGUACAUAACUCCAGCCUCUAAAACACACACUCUCUCUCUCUCUCUCUGUCUCUCAAAUGGGUCUAGAUCAGGACGACAAUAACUCCGGCCUUCAGCUUGUUCUAGGGUUAUCUCUCACUGUUUCAUCUCCUCCUUCCACCAAAGCUGAUGAUCAACUUUGUCUCAAGCCAACGCCAACAAAGCCUUAUAAUAAUUCCUCGAAUGAGCCAUCUUUAACGUUGAGUCUUUCCGGUGAGAGUAAUUACCUGGCCAAACAAGUGACCAGAAACAACAAGGUUUAUUGUGAGGACCCUCUUGACUUGUCUAGACAAACUUCACCUCACAGCGUUGUUUCCUCUUUCUCAAGUGGGAGGAUGGUUAAAAGGGAGAGGGAUUUCAGCUGCGAAGAGGCAGAGGCAGAGGCCGAAGAGAGGCUCUCUUCAAGAGUCAGUGAUGAAGACGAAGACGGCUCCAAUGCCAGAAAGAAGCUCAGGCUUACCAAAGAACAAUCCGCACUGCUAGAGGACAGCUUCAAACAACAUAGCACUCUCAAUCCUAAACAGAAGCAAGCUUUAGCAAGGCAGUUAAAUCUACGGCCUAGACAAGUUGAAGUGUGGUUCCAGAAUCGGAGAGCCAGAACGAAGCUGAAGCAGACGGAGGUGGACUGCGAGUUCUUAAAAAAGUGCUGUGAAACGUUGACGGACGAGAAUAGGAGGCUGAAGAAGGAGCUGCAAGAGCUGAAGGCACUGAAACUAUCACAACCGUUGUACAUGCCUAUGCCUGCGGCUACACUCACCAUGUGCCCCUCUUGCGAGAGGCUAGGUGGCGUCAAUGAUAGCGGUUCUAAUAAGAGCCCCUUCUCCAUGGCUCCCAAGACUCACUUCUACAAUCCCUUCGCCAAUCCUUCUGCAGCAUGUUGAUUAUAAUUAUCGUUAGGUUUUCACUUUUCAGGGCGAAGAGGUAACAGAACAAGAGUAUUGUUCCCCACAACCAUUGUAUUUUUUUGGUUGAGGGAUACGUCUAGCUAGGGGAAACCUUGUAAUUAGCUAAUACUGUUGAAAAUAGUAACUGUUGAUUAAAUUUACUUUUUGCUUUUCCUUCCUCUAUUGUAUGUUUAUAUAAAUCAUUAUAGAACGCAUCCGUCUACAAAGGAAUUAGAUUUUCCUUUUUUGUUCAUUUAUAAAUUUUUCAUGGUAAGCCUGUAUAUAGAAAGGUAGAUAAUGUUAAUGUUGUGAACAGCCAUUUAUUCCCCUUGCAUCGAAAAAUCAAAAGAUACCUGGCCGAUUGUGGGGGCUAAUCUGAUUUUGUUCUCCAUUCCAUGGCCGCAAGUUAAUGUGCAUCUCUUUUUCCUGUG